AUGGCCGAUUCCAAGACACAUUCGGUCGUCUGUGCCGGAGCGUUGUUGAUUGCGAUCACGGCGGUAUCUAUGGCCUCGAGGAUUACGGCUCGAUGGCUUCAUAAGACUAUGGGAGUGGAUGAUGUUCUAAUUUUUCUGAGUUGGAUAUUAUCAAUAGGGAUAUGUUCUUCCGUAAUGCUUGCUACGCGACACGGACUCGGGGACCAUCGUGAUGAAGUCGACGAUGCCGACUAUAAAAAAUACCUAGAGCUUCAAAUCGCUAGCUCGAUUACGUUUAGCUGGGGUGUUGCAACAGCGAAGGCCAGCUUUGCGGUGCUAUACCUCAGAAUAUUCCCCGAGGGCGGGUUCAGGAUUGUUAAUAAAUUUUUAAUCGUGUUUCUCUCCAUGCAGGCCAUUGAGGAAACCUGUGUUGUCCUAUUCAAAUGCAGCCCUAUUCGAAAAUCGUGGGACUUCACGCUGGAGGGCUCGUGCCUCGAUCUCCAUCCGCUUUGGUAUUCUUCUUUCGUCUUCAACCUAAUCACCGAUCUCGCCCUAUUUCUUGAACCUAUACCCUCGACGUGGAGGCUCCAACUACCUCUUACCAAAAGACUGGGACUGAUCUUCAUGCUUUCGCUGGGCUUGCUGGUAACGUCUAUAUCCGUAAUUCGCAUUGUCUACGUUACAUCCAUAGGCCAUGAUGAUACAUGUAAGUACUCCAAUGGCUAUGGAAGAUGGACGGCUAGUAACAGUAUAAUAGACCAACUUGCAGAGCCCCUUAUAUGGUCAAUGGUGGAGAUAUGCUCGCUCAUAAUAUGCUCCUGCAUCCCGUCGCUCAGACAGGUUGCAGCAUUUAUCCCUGGACUCAGCAGCGCCCUCGGACUCCCAUCCGGCGGAGGCUCGUAUAGCCACUCCGGACUUGGGAACCUCUCGAUACCACUCAAGAGUUGGAGCCACAAAGAGUACAUACAAUCACACAAGCCGAAGAUGAGAUGUCAGCAUAGGUCGAACGUGUUCGGGACGACAAGCCGGGUGACGGCCAUGGAGAUAGACGCGAUCAGCGAGAACGACAGCCAGUACGAGAUAUUCCCGCAUAAGAGCGAUCAGACGGGUGCUAUUACGGUCACGACGGAAGUUCAACACCGUGUAGAGGAUGGGGAAGAGAAUACAAAAGAAUUUAAUGAGGCACUGAUGCCGCACCGCGAUGAGCUAAGGAAUAUAACGGAAAGACCAGAUCUCAGCAACUCUUCACGGAAGAGCGGCAGUGAUGCUGAACUUCUGAAGGCGCAUCUCGGCCAAUUAGCCAUCACUUUCCACGUAAUCCAACGAAUCCAAUCCUUCUAUACCACAAACGACGACAGCAACAGCGAACGCAACUGA